AGAGCGAGAGAGUGAGCGAGAUUGCGCGCAGAGAAAGAGAGAGAGGGAGAGAGAGAGAGAGCUAGGAGAGGAAGCGAGGAGAAAGCGAGCAGAGCGCGCUCGGGCUGUUACCACUGCGCAAUUGCGCGCACGCUUAAAGCGCUCUGUUUUCCCCUUAGCGCGCCUGAAGUGGCGCUCAUCUCCCGCCGCCCGUCGCUUUCUCUACCGCGUCACAUCACACCUUCCAGCCGCCUCCGCAAACAUCGCUGAACUUCAUCGACUACUAUGUGCCACAGCUGACGUGACGACUCGUUCGGACUCCGCGGAAGGUUUUUUUCCCCCCACUUUGCAUCUAAAUGCCACCUCGCGCUUGAUCUCGAGCUUCACGUUAAUGACAGACGAGUGCGCGGUCAUAAUAAAGCGCGCGGUCGUUAUGCGCGGCACUUGGCGUUUUCACCCUGCAUCCAACAUGACGCUUCUACUGCUUCCCGACUUUUCUUUAGCACUGGAGUGUAUAGCCAUGUUUCAUAAACUUCGGGCAAAAGAAGACAGCUUUUGAACAUCGUCUGAGGCGCGAGCACGCGUCUCUGGCGCGCAUCGUCAGUUAGUGAAGAAAAUAAGGGGGAAAAAAAUCAAAAGCGAGCUUUUUUUUCCUUCGCUUCCGGACAUCUGGAGCUAGCUGAUGCUGCUUGGCUGAAGAUGUUAGCCUUAAUUACAUCUGGACGGAGAUUCCUAACUUGAAGGUGUCACAAGAGCGAGCGUCGACAUUUGAGGAGUCCACCGUAAAUGGGAGCUGGGCUGAUUCUGGAUUGGUCUUGUGAAAUAUGUGGAUAAAGUGGUGUAGAGAACGCAGGUGAUGCUGGAGGGUUUUCAAGUUGCCCAAAUUAGACUCAUAGACCUUUUUUCUUCUGUCCAGUUUCAUGGCUGCACUGAGACCACUGGGACUCCUGGGAUGCAGAAUGUGGGUCCUCCUCACCCUUAUCCACCUCACUAUGGAUCUCUCUAUGUGUGCUCCAAUCGGGACUGGGCUGAGGCUGCUCCCUCGGCCACUGCCUCGCUUACGCCCUCGUCUUCUCACCAGGGAUGUACCCGGUGGUCCACACUGGAGGACUCUGGGUACCUGGCAGCGUGGUGUCUCACAUCCUGUACCAUUACUUGACCACCGAGGAGGAGGAGGAGGAGGAGGAGAAGGUGGAGGAAGAGAGGGGAUAAGGUCCAAACCACGGCCACCGAGGCAAAAACGUCAUCUUUGUGAGAACUGCACCUCCAGUUUCUCUGCCUCAGAGGGAGGCGAGUCGCUGGAGUAUUUGGAGGGGAGUAAAGCUGACAUUUUGCAGCACUUGUUGCGGCAACGUAGGCAGUUAAAGUGGGAUAGUUAUGACAGUUAUUCGCAGGAAGGGAGGACCACUACAGUGGCAGGAUUUAUUGACUGGGGACCAACCGGGACGGAUGAUGGUGCAGAGGAUGAAGUGAAAGUUAUCCCCAAGACCACUACAAAGGCCACCACCACCACCACCACCACUACUACAACUACCACGACCACACGCAGCCCACAAAGGACUCAUGCAGUGGUCACCACUGCCCGUCCUAGGAGGCUGACUACUACACAGCCUGCUGUUAAUCUCGGCGUGACCGCCAAGCCACAGAAGCCAUUUGGGGAUACACCAGGUCUGGCAGUGCAUCAGAUCAUCACUAUCACUGUUUCCCUCAUCAUGGUCGUCGCAGCCUUGAUAACAACACUAGUCCUUAAAAACUGCUGUGCACAGUCGGGGAAUGGCCGCCACACUAGCCACCAGAGGAAGAUCAACCAGCAGGAAGAGAGCUGCCAGAACCUGACUGACUUCACGCCAGCACGCGUGUCCAGCAAGGUGGACAUCUUCACCGCCUACAACGACAGUUUACAGUGCUCCCACGAGUGUGUGCGCACCGCUGUGCCCGUCUACACAGACGAGAUGAUCCAACACACACCGAUUUACAAGACCACCUAUAAUGGGAGCAGACCAUCGCCAACUGAAAGGCAGCUAAUCCCUGUGGCCUUCGUGUCCGAGAAAUGGUUCGAGAUCUCCUGCUGAGGGCCUUUUACUACCCGUGGGUAACUGCAGCUUCCUCAAUUUUGGACCCUGAGUCCCAUUGGAACACCUUGAAUUCUCAAAUAAAGAAAAUUUAACAAAAGCCCAUGCAUUGCAGAAAGACGAAUUAGAACGUACACAACGUUUUUUCUUUUCUUUUCUUUUCUUUUCUUUCCUUUUUUUUCUUUUCUUUUCUUUCUUUCUUUUUUUUUUUUUUUUUUACAAACAGUGGAUUUCCUGGACAUGGAGCGAAGAAGAUGUUUAUUUUUCUAAACUGAUCACAGAUGAGAGUCCUUCUAUGGUUCCCACUCCAAAUUAUUUUCCAUAUAGACUUCCGGUCAUUUAGAAAUGAUACAUAGACUUAAAGUUAAUAUAUUAUAUACAUAAAUUACUGUAUGUGUAGAAGUAAUGGAGGAAGAUCACCGCCACAGACGUUGGAAUGCUGUUUCCUGAUGGGCUGCUUUCUGUGAAAAGGGUGAACAGACUUUUCAGAACUACGUGCCAAUAACGCCAAUAUGUGCCAAUAUGUACAGAUGGGACGCGUCUGGGAGUUUAUCGAAAAACUACAGAUACAACGACGAGUCAUUUCUGUGACAGUUCUUCUAUAUUAACCCAUCCUUCUUUUGUAUAGAAAGUAUAAAUAUGUAUUUGAACUAUGUUUUGAAUAGUUGAACAAAAUGUGUUGCAGACGUCCAAAAAUAUUUAUAAGGAGCACUAUUUGAUUUUGACUAGGUAAAAGAAACUAAAUGACGAGAACCUUGGCCGACUUUUGAGUUUAAUGUAUUGUUAUUAGGCCCUGUUUUAAAUAGAAUAGUCUUCUCUAUUUUUGUACACACACGCACACACACGCACACACACACAUCUCAUUACUCAGUUGUGGUGCAUCAACUCUUGGAACUGUUAAUAUGACAUUCAGUCAAGGAGAGGAGACAUUUUUAAGACCCUCAACGUUAUUAUUAUUGAUGAUUCAGUAAUCAUCGUUCCUGAUGAUUGUUCAUCCAUAGAAGCCAUUUUAUUUGCUACGGGGUGCCAUUACUUCUAAAUGAUAUGUUGGGUGGCUAUGGUCACAGUUUGUGUAUUAUAGCUGUACUGUCAAAGAGCCUUAGUCAUGGGUCGGUCUAAUUUUCCCACAAUGGUUACGCAAUACAUUUUCACAGUUUGUGCAUCAGACUUUACAAGACUAUCUCUCUCUGUCUCUCUCUCUCUCUCUCUCUCUCUCUCUCUCUUUCUUUUUUUUUUAAAGACAAGUGUACAGUUAUCAGUAUUCUAGGGCUUAAUAUCAAACACAUCACAUGCUUUAUUUUUGUGCCAAGUCAUUGUUGAGUGCCAAGUCCAAGUCAUUCGAGUCAUUUUAAAUACACAUUCAUAACAUUUAUAUUAUUUAUUAGUGUGCUUCAGAAAGGAAGAUGUAUGUACCAAAUGUCACCUGGUGUGAUGCUAAAAUGUUUUGUUUUUUUUUUUUUUAUUCGAAACUGUAUGGAUCAUCUGUACAGAAAUCUGUUAAAGUUUUUUGUGCUUCUUUUCGAACCCUUUUCUGGUUGAGAAAUGGUAAAUAAAAUGAAUUUACUAUCCAAUCAGUGGAAAGGAAAGAAAUGACCCAUGAUAACACUUGAAAUGUGAAGGAAUCUAAGUGUGUGUGUGUGUGUGUGUGUGUGUGUGUGUGUGAGAUGUUCAUUUCAUGAAUCACUGCAAAAGAUUACAAGGCCAAAGAGAUAUAAAUGAUGGCUGUUAUUUAUUUGGGUAAUUUUGCAAAAAAACAAACAAACAAAAAAAUUAGAAAACAAAUCCUACCUAGAAAUCAUAGACAAAAGAUCAACACAGAAUAUAGUUCAUAAUCAGUAUAAUAGAAUAAAAUUAAAUUGUGCUACGAAAUGCAUUACAAUUUCUAUAUAGAAACACAAAAUCAUGUAGUUUAAUAAACCCAUCACACUUCAGAAAAAAUAAAGACCACGAGAGCUUUAUGCACUUCCAUCUCCAUUACAAACCACAUAUCCCACAUAUCUACCUCAAAAUAUGUGGGUAUUGAUAUUCAAAGGAAUUCUACUCCAUUAAUCUUGUGUUUUUAUUGCCUUGAUGCAAAAAUGAAAUUGACCCCUUGUGGGCCUCAUCAAAAAAAUUAAAAUUCUAUCUGAUAUAUUUCGUAGUUGCAUAGUGAACCAGUACGUUCAACAACCAGAUAACCUAAACCUUUACCUAACAGCAAGAGAAUAUAAACACACUAGACAGACUCGAAUGAUAUUACUACUUAGGAGCAUAAAUCCUCAUAGCGGACAAUUGGUCACUUUGUGGCGAGGUUGCAAACACAGUGUGAUACAACAACAUUAUAUCAGCAGACUUAUCAAGACUGACCCCAAGCCAUUUCUUCAUUGGGAAUUAUAUAUUCAUUCAUUUAGCUUAAUUGUGUUAGCUAGAAAUUAGUCAACAGUGAAGUAGCUAACUAGCUGGCCAUACAUGCAUUAUAUACCAUUUUUAGGCCGGAGGGAUGUUUCUGGUCAGUUUUUGAGCAUGGUACUGGAGACCAUUCUGGAGUUUUUAGCUUGACCAGUGACCUAGGUAGUUUUUAGGAUUUGUUUACCACUGUACACUCAUACACUCACCAACCACUUCAUUAGGAACACCGUUACACCUGGUCAUUCAUGCAAGCUUGUGGCAGCAGCACAAUGCAUACAGUCACGCAAAUACAGGUCAAGACAAUACGAGUAAUUUUGACUGUAGCAUGUUCUCGGGGUCAGAUGGACUGGGUGGAAUAUUUCAUAAAAGUUCAUAAGAUUGAAAAUAAUGGUGUAAAAAAAACGAACAAAAAAAUCAUCUAGUGAGCCACAGCUCUGCGGGUGGAAAUGUCUUUUUGGUGGGAUUGCUUAGAGGAUAAUGGCUAACCAUGAGAUGGAUGGGCUACAACAGUGGAAGAUCACAUUGGGUUCCACUUCAGUCAGCAAUAAACAGUCAUCUGAGGCAACAGUGGGCACAAACUCACGCAAUCUCGACUGUUGAAGAUGCCUGGAAUUUUUUUGCGGUCAACACACUAUAGUUUCAGUGUGCCUGUGCCAAAGAUUCUAGGUUUUGGAUGAGAAGGAAUGGAUUAUAAUGUGGUCUUCUGAUGUUGUAGUACAUCCACCUCAAAUUCAGCAAGCUCCUAAGUUCAGUGUGGUGGUAAAGACUGAAUAUUUUGGUUAACUUUGACUCAAUCCAGUCUGACCAUUCUCCUUUGUCCUUUCUCAUUAACAAGGCAUUUCCACCUAAGGAACCGAUGCUCGCUGGAUGUCUUUCCCCCCAGGAGAUCAGCAGUUACUAACAACCAUUUCGGUCAUAUUAUUGAGCUGGAUUUGCAUGACUACUUUAUGCAUUUCACUGCUGCCACAUGAUUGGCUGUUUGAAUAAGUUCAUGAAUGCAAAGCAAUAAUGUGUAGUUACAGUGUCACCCUGAUGAUCUUGGUUUUUAUUGGCGCAGAAGAUUUGCAGGUGAUUUUGGAUAGAGGAAAGACUGGAUAUUUGAUUGGUGCCCUGUCGUGUUAGGAAAUAAAAAAAAAAUCUUUUUUCCUACCUUUUAUCCAGGCUCGAAUCUGUACAGCUUUGAGAUCACUGAGAUAGACAAUCAGUGCUGAGCUCAGGGUUACAGUGUAUCCAGGCUUUUGCACUUUAUAGCUUCAGAGGAGUUCAGUGUUUCUUCUUUGCUAAAGCAUACAGCAUGAUAAACAACAAAAUCCCCAGUGGUUUAUUAAAAUCUAGGUAUUUCUAUAGGUACAUCUGACACAAAUGAACACUGAGGGGACUGCCAGCAAAAGCUCUGAUGGCUCAUAUUCUGGUGUGAUAUGAGAAGCAUAAUGCCUGCCUGAUUGUGUGUUUGUAUCACUGAUUGCAUCUCAUGAAACAAAGUGCUCAGUUAUGAAUAAUUUAUUCUAUUAAAAUGUCACAGGCCGUAAUUUUCAUUGACCUUUUCAACAGCAGACUCCAUGUGAAUAUGUCACUGUAGUAUAGAAAAACAAGCAUGCAUUUAUUUAUGUACUGACAUGCUCCUUUUUAAUCAUGCCUUUAUUUAUUUAUUUAUUUAUUUAUUUAUUUAUUUAUUUAUUUAUUUAUUUAUUUAUUUUCAGAUUUUUCUUCCAAUUUUUUUUUCUGUAUUUAUUAUUUUAUACCCUUGUCAAGAAAAUCCUACUGGAAUUUCAGGUUAUUUGAUUUUUACAAUCCUAUUGGACAUUGUCAUUUUUUUUUAUUAUUAUUUUUUAAAUGUAAUUUCAGUUUGCCCCAUAAAGUCUUAUUUGAUUUUUAUAAUCUUAUUGGAGCUGUACUUGUAUUUUAUUGGAAAUAAUGUCUUGUUAUUGGAAAGAAAUUACAGAGAUGCUUUGGGGGUUUUGAAAAUCCUAAAAGAAUUUUUUUUUAGAGGUUUUGCAAUUUUUUUUUUCCUUUUUUUCUUUUUUCUUUUUAUAAAAUGUUAUGCACCUUAAGAUGACACAUCGAAUUUCCACAUAGACUUGAAUAGGAACCCACAUGGAUCCUAGUAAAAAUCAGGAUCUCUAUGUAUUGUCCUACAAGAUAAUACAUUUUGGAAUGGUUGCAAAAUAUGAUUGAAAUUCCAAUUAGAAUUUUUUUUUUGACAAGGGUAUUAUUUUUAUUCAUGCCUUAUUAGGUGGACAGCAUGGAAUUAUAAGGCUUGAUACUGUAUUUUUAGUGUAAUCACAGAGCAAAGAUCAAGUGUGACAGCUUUGUCACUGCUUUGUAGUGUAUAUGUAUGUGUGUGUGUGUGUAUGUGUGUGUGACAUACAGAUAUUGCAUUUUGCAGUGCAAUAGCUAAACAGAUGUUUGCUGAGGCAUCACUCUCUGGAAAACUGAGUUCACUCACUAAUUUGCAUAUAGGCUGACAAAAAGUUUUUUAGGAAAUAUCAGAUUUACAGUAGCACAGUUGGGAAUCAGAGCGGAAUGGAGCACUAGCACACAUCAUCAGGGAUGUACCGAUCCUCAAAUGCUGAACUGGUAUCUGAUUGGAUUUCUGAUUCGAUCCUCUCAUGCAUUUAAUGUCUUGUUUUUGUUGACUUACACCACAACGCUAGUAAAUUUGCAAAUCUGAUGGAGCAGAAAGUUCUGAGUAAUUUUCUAUAACAGCAGAUCUGACAGUAAAGCUGCAACACAAGUUUAUAUUAAUAAUAUUAAUUAAAAAAUAAAUAUUUACUAAUUCACAGAGGCUUGGAUGGCAGACACUCAGCCUAAUAUUCAUAUUAAAUUCAGGCUUCAGCACACCACACCAUUGCUGAUGAUAGAUUUUUAUAGAUUUUUCUAUAACAUCGUGUUUUAUUUUUUACUGGACACCCAAGUUUUGAGCUCUGAAGUAGGAUUGGUGCAUCCCUACCCUGUACAUGAUUCAGUUGCAGACCUUUUUUAUUGCUGUGUGCCAGUUUAACACUUAACCUGCAAGAUAAAAUUCCUAGCUGAAAUGGUCAAUGCCGCUACUGUUUGCUAAAUGAACAGUUACACUGAGCUAUAACAGGUUCAGGCUCUUGACGGAACGUCCACACACUUUACAUUACUCCAGCACGAAUUAUAGGAUUUUAUAAUUCAAGACAGCACCUAAGUGGAUAAAAACACUGCCAAACGCAUCUACUUCCAUGCAGUCUGUUUAAUUUCCAGUCAUGCCCUAACUGCGAUUGGCUGACCGCCAAUGCCUAGACUUCCCACUCGCUGGAUUGCAGAAUGGUUCAUAUUUGAAGGUUCUGAAUAUCAGCAAUGCAUUUCAGUGCUUCGUUGCCUAAAAUAGUCAUUCAAACUGUUAUUUCUAUAGGUGUAUCUUUUCAUUCAGUAUAUGUGUAUGCUGAUUUUUAUCCGAUGAUGUACACACACUGUCCAUACACUGCGAGGUUAAAAAGUUCUUGAACACUGACAGUUUUAUGACAUUUUGAACACUCUCAAAGUUGGUAUGAAUGAAUCGAGAAAGGUUUAUCAAAUAUUUAGUGAACUGACUUGGGAAAAUCUAGCUCUGUGAAAAAGGAAAAGAAUCCAGCAUUGUUAUUAUUCUAUUUAGGCACUUGUAGCACAUCACAUAUUUCUAUUUUAAAGUUAAUCCUAGGAGGUGUUGCUUGUUUCUUUUUGUUUAUGAGGUUUAUCCUCCGAGUGCACCUGCUUUUAAUAAAGCACUGAUAUGCAGGAUCAUUAGGGUCUGAGAGGAACCGGUUAAUAAAUUCAACUAAGGUUUCCAGAUUUAAUUGCUCUUCUACAUCAUGUUGUUUUGGUCCGAGGCAAUAACAGCAAUUCUCAAGUAAUAAAGUGUAAGAAUCUCUAGGUGUUCAGAAACUUUUGAAUGGCAGUGCACACCUUCCUGGAAAACAAAUAUUACCAUAAUCAUGUUGUUGCAGAUGGAAAUUUUGUUUUAAAAAAGCAUACUCCAAUCACAGAAACUUUACAGAUGUCACUGAUAAGUUUAUAAGACUGAUCUUCCCUCAGAAAGCAUAGUCUCAAAUACCUACAUGUCCAGUACACGGUACACUGUGACAGAAUCUUCCCCCAGAUCAUAAGAGGUUACGGCUCUGUCCGAGCAAACGAUCCUAUUAAAACUAUACUAUUCUUCUGAGGCUUAAGGAAUGAAGUCUUUAGAUGUUUCUAUGGAUCAUUCUCAUAUCUGAAUUUUUCGUCAUACUCUAACGGCACACACACACAAAAAAAGCAGCCAGACCCAGUAUUCUCGCCAUAAACCUGAAGGAAAUUGUACUUUGUGCAUCUUUUUUAUAUUUGUGUUUACUAUAUUGAUGAGUACCUCUUUUUUUUUUCUUUUGUACAAGUUCUAUAAGUAUAGCUCAGAAAAACACAUGCACACACAGAGACUGUGUCAAAACUCAGUAUGAUGUACUUUUUUUUAAAUUUUGGUCUUUGACUCUCUCUUUCUCUCUCUUUCUCUCUCUCUCUCUCUCUCUCUCUCUCUCUUUCUCUUUUUUUUAUAGGUAUUGGUAAAGUUACAUUUCCAGGUGACACUGGUUUUAAUUCCUCUUGUUCUUAAGCUCUCUGUGUUUUGGCCACUGUAAAUGCAUCUCUCACCACAGAGACUCUGUACAUUUAGUAGUCUCAUGUUGCUAUUAAUAAAAUGUUCAACAUUAUGGGCUGUCUUUCUAAAAAAAAAAAAAAAAAUCAAAUGUUUGUAAAAUGAUGAUGGAGUGAUACUGAAAAUAAAAGUUAUUUAAAUCAGAAA